UUCCCCGUUGCUGCCACAAGGCUCUGGGCCGGACCCAGCUUGCCCUCCUUCCCUGUCGCCAGCCUUGGGGCCUCCAGGACUGGAAAACUUGAGUUGACAUGCAAACUUAUUUUAUCAAGAAAUCCUAAUGUUCCUGAAAACUACAACAGACACAAGCUUUGAAAGUUAACAAAAGGCAAGAUGGAUGCUACGGUAAUAUUACCGAUUCUGAAGAAAAAGUUGGCUUUCCUUUCAGGUGGGAAAGAUCGAAGAAGUGGCCUCAUUCUGACAAUUCCAUUAUGCCUUGAACAAACGAAUAUGGAUGAGCUGAGUGUCACCUUGGACUACCUGCUCAGCAUUCCAAGUGAAAAAUGUAAAGCCAGAGGAUUUACUGUUAUAGUUGAUGGUAGAAAAUCUCAAUGGAAUGUUGUCAAAACUGUUGUAUUAAUGCUACAGAAUGUUGUUCCAGCAGAGGUAUCACUUGUCUGUGUAGUAAAACCAGAUGAAUUCUGGGACAAGAAAGUUACACAUUUUUGCUUUUGGAAAGAGAAGGAUAGGCUUGGCUUUGAGGUUAUUUUAGUAUCCGCCAACAAACUUACUCGAUAUAUAGAACCAUGCCAGCUGACAGAAGAUUUUGGAGGAAGUCUUACCUAUGAUCAUAUGGAUUGGCUAAACAAGCGACUGACAUUUGAAAAAUUUACAAAGGAAUCUACGUCAUUGCUGGAUGAACUUACUUUAAUCAACAGUGGAAGUGAUAAAGGAAACCAACAGGAAAAAGAGAGGUCUAUAGACUUAAAUUUUCUUCCAUCUGUUGAUCCCGAAACUGUUCUGCAGACAGGCCAUGAAUUAUUAUCUGAAUUACAACAACGCCGGUUUAACGGUUCGGAUGGCGGGGUCUCCUGGUCUCCCAUGGAUGAUGAAUUGCUGGCUCAACCCCAGGUUAUGAAGUUACUAGAUUCACUCCGGGAACAAUAUACGCGGUACCAAGAAGUAUGCCGACAACGGAGCAAGCGCACUCAGCUUGAGGAAAUUCAACAGAAGGUAAUGCAGGUAGUAAACUGGCUUGAAGGACCUGGUUCAGAACAGCUUCGGACCCAGUGGGGAAUAGGGGAUUCAAUUAGAGCCUCGCAAGCGUUGCAGCAGAAGCAUGAAGAGAUUGAGAGCCAGCACAGUGAGUGGUUUGCUGUAUAUGUGGAACUUAAUCAACAAAUUGCAGCUUUGCUCAAUGCUGGGGAUGAAGAAGACCUCGUCGAACUGAAAGGGUUGCAACAACAACUGAGUGAUGUCUGCUACCGGCAAGCCAGUCAGCUGGAGUUUAGGCAGAAUCUUUUACAAGCAGCACUUGACUUCCAUGGUGUAGCCCAAGAUUUAUCUCAACAGCUAGAUGGUUUACUUGGGAUGUUGUGUGUUGAUGUUGCUCCUGCCGAUGGAGCAUCUAUUCAGCAAACUUUAAAACUACUUGAAGAAAAGUUAAAAAGUGUUGACUUGGGUCUGCAAGGUUUGCGUGAAAAGGGUCAGAAUCUUCUUGAUCAAAUAUCUAAUCAGGCAUCUUGGGCUUACGGAAAAGACGUAACCACUGAAAACAAAGAGAAUGUUGAUCACAUCCAAGGAGUGAUGGACGACAUGCAGCUCAGGAAGCAAAGAUGUGAGGACAUGGUAGAUGUGAGGCGGCUAAAGAUGCUUCAGAUGGUACAGCUAUUUAAAUGUGAAGAGGAUGCAGCUCAGGCAGUAGAAUGGUUAAGUGAAUUAUUAGAGGCAUUACUGAAAACUCAUAUCCGACUGGGAGAUGAUGCACAAGAAACCAAAAUUUUGUUGGAAAAACAUCGAAAGUUUGUUGAUGUGGCACAGAGUACUUAUGAUUAUGGGAGACAGUUACUACAGGCUACUGUCGUUCUGUGUCAGUCUCUGAGAUGUACAUCUAGGUCCUCAGGAGACACACUUCCAAAGCUGAACAGAGUAUGGAAGCAGUUCACCAUAACUUCAGAAGAGAGAGUAACUCGGUUGGAGAUGGCUGUUGCAUUCCAUUCAAAUGCUGAAAAAGUUUUGCAAGAAUGCCCGGAUCAACCUGAAUCCAUAAAUGACAUGGAACAAUUUGAUGAGAUUGAAUCUGUUGGAAAAUCGCUUCUGGACAGAUUAACGGUGCCUGUAGUUUAUCCUGACGGUACUGAGCAGUAUUUUGGGAGCCCAAGCGAUAUGGCCUCUACAGCCGAACACAUCAGAGAGAAGAUCAAACUAGUUUGUCUGAAAAAACAGCAGCUGAGACAAACAGAAGUCUGUACAACAGAGAGUUAAUAGUUUCUGCUCAUAAGAUGCCCAUUUGUAGCCCAGCAUGUCAUCUGCAUUCUACGCCUGCCAUAGUAUAUUAAAAUGCAUUUCCACAGCUGUUAUAAAAUAUCAUUCUUCUUGGAGCAAACCUAAUUUUACAUCAUAACCGUGUAUUUCUACCAAACCAUAAUUAUUUAACAUGCAAUGAAACCAUAGACUACAAAUAUUAUUAGAAGGAAAUGGUAAUGUUGCACUGAACCUUUGCUUUAAAGCUUUGCCUUGGUCUGUCAGGUACUUCUUUGCCUCAGCAACGGAUGUAAGCUUUGAAUGGUGCUAAUACAUAUGGAUUCGAUACAACAAUGGCAAUCUUCUCUCAGAUGAUGUAGUAUUUUUAGGCUGUUGUAUGGACAGUGGUGGCCCUAUUUUACUCUGUAUUACCUUUUAAAUAGUCUUUUUAUUGUGCCAAUGUACAUCGGAUCUGCCCAUUAGAUCUUUGAAAUUCACUACACUUGGGUUAUUUUGUAUGGGUAAUGUACCGACAGCUGUUUCGUGCUUAAUAAAAUCCAUCUUUUUAAAAUCUGACAACAUUUAUGCAAGCCUGUAUUUCCUGGCGUAUGGUACAAAAUGGGAAGUCUAGCUCUUUCUCUUGCCUUACAAAUUUAGGGAAAGCCCGUUCCUCUUCUGUGUGUCUCUGGUGAUGUGAAAGGGAUGCACAAGUACAAUGUGGACCGUGCGGUGGAAGAGUUUCUUAAUAAUCGAAACAACGGGAAGUUAGCAUCUCUCUUCUUCAGUUGUUUGUAUUCAGAACUGAGGCAAGCAGAUCUGGUAGAAGUCAAAGAAAUGAACACCUGGAGAUGUAUUUCCUCCUGCCUGCCUUCCUAAACGACAAGGCAAAUUUCGUUAGGUCUUUCUUGUCUACCUCCAUCUGUAAAUUGGUUGCGGAGGGAAGAAUGAAGGAAAGGGAUAGAAAUGUGAUGUGAUGUGAAAUCCUGUAGCAAAUGGGAUUCAAUUAAGCAGUUGAAAUUUAUCAGGGUAUUGCUGGCUAGGAAGACUCAGGGUGUAUCUACACUGUAAAAUUAAAUGCAGUUUGACAACACUUUAACUGCCAUGACUCAAUGCUAUGGAACCCUAGUAGUUGUAGUCUUUUGGUGAGAGGACUAAAGGCCUCUCACCAAUGUGAGUAGAUCAAUAGAUACCGCUCUGGCGAGACGGUAACGGCGCUCCAUGCAGUCAUGCUGGCCACAUGACCUUGGAGGUGUCUACGGACAAUGUCGAAUCUUCGGCUUAGAAAUGGAGAUGAGCACCAACCUCCAGAGUUGGACACAACUGGACUUAAUGUCAGGGGAAAACCUUUACCUUUACCGAAAGGCCUUGCAAAACACCUAUGAUUCCAUGGCAGUAAGAGAGGUGUCAAAGUGCAUGAAUUCUAGUGUAGAUGCACCCUCAGUGGGAUGCUCCAUCAACAUGUCAUGCUCUUAUAUCUCUUUUUGCUACUAGCAAACAUUUCAGAUACAUGUUCUGUUACCAUGCUCAUGACUUAAUGAACUGAAGUUAAAUAGGCACUUUGUACGCAAUCGGCAGAACUGAGAAAUGCUACAUGUUGUAAUAAAAGAUUAUUCAGUGUAGGACGUAAGAUUAGCAUCGUCAUUAUGUGCAAACUGUAUUUACGUUUCCAAUAUGCAAAAGCCAAAUAAAGAAGUUUUUUAUAUAUA